AUGGCCACCACAAAAGAGCCAAUCGCAAUCAUCGGUUCGGGGUGCCGUUUCCCUGGAGGAUCCAGCUCGCCCUCGAAACUUUGGAAUCUACUGCGGAACCCGCGUGACGUUCUGCGAGAAUUUCCCGAAGACAGAUUACGACUACCAAACUUCUACAACAAGAAUGGAGAGCACCAUGGCAGCACGGAUGUCAAGAAUAAGGGAUAUCUCUUGGCCGAAGACGACGCCCACCGCGUUUUCGAUGCGCCAUUUUUCAACAUCAACCCUCUAGAGGCGGAGGGCAUGGAUCCAGCCCAGCGUAUUCUCCUCGAAGUAGUUUACGAGGCCCUUGAGUCGGCUGGAUACACGAUCGAGGAGAUGCAAGGGACUCUCACAUCUGUCUACGUCGGCCUUAUGACUGCCGAUUGGUGGGAUCUACAGAUGAGGGAUACCGAGACGAUCGCGACGUAUGCUGCAACAGGAACAGCGAGGAGCAUUAUCUCCAACCGUAUCUCAUACUAUUUCGACCUCAAGGGUGCCUCUAUGACCAUCGACACGGCAUGCUCCAGCUCACUCGUCGCUCUUCACCAGGCCGUCCAGAGCUUGCGGAACGGCGAGUCCACCACCGCCAUUGUUGCUGGAGCCAACAUGCUGCUUGACCCUGCCAUGUACAUCGCCGAGUCGAACCUCCACAUGCUUUCUCCCGAGUCCCGCUCACGCAUGUGGGACAAAUCCGCGGACGGCUACGCGAGAGGUGAAGGGUGUGCGGCAGUUUUUCUAAAGCCCUUGAGCAAAGCUAUAGCCGAUGGCGAUCAUAUCGAGUGCGUCGUCAGGGAGACCGGAGUCAACUCUGACGGACGCACCAAGGGUAUCACGAUGCCUAGUGCUACAGCUCAGGCGGCACUAAUCAAGGCGACCUACCGCAAUGCUGGCCUCGACCCCCUCGUCGAUCGCUGCCAGUAUUUCGAGUGCCAUGGAACCGGAACCGCAGCGGGAGAUCCUAUCGAGGCGCAGGCCAUCUCGGAGGCUUUCUUUCCGCAUGGAGAAUCGAAUGACCGCAUGUAUGUCGGGUCCAUCAAGACAGUCGUCGGUCACCUCGAGGGAUGCGCUGGCUUGGCUGGUCUUCUGAAAGCAUCAUUGGCAGUCCAGAACGGGACUGUACCGCCGAAUAUGCUAUUCAACGAGCUCAAUCCAGCAAUCGAACCUUACUACAAGAACCUCAGAAUACUUCAAUCUUCCAUUCCAUGGCCGGAGGUCGAGGGACCUCGCCGUGCCAGUGUCAACAGCUUCGGAUUUGGAGGCACCAACGCCCACGCAAUUAUAGAGAAUUACGAGCCGGAGAGAAACGCGGAGGCGCCAGCCAGAGAUCACUUCCGCGGUCCACUCGUCUUCUCAGCUCGUUCCGAGUCGUCUAUUCUCUCCAGCAUUCGGGAGUACGCCCAAUACAUCAAGUCGAACCCCGCCGUGGAUCUCGAAGACCUGGCUUGGGUACUGCAGGAGAAACGUGGAACAUUCCCUGUCAAGCACUUCUUUUCGGGAUCCAACCGCGAUAGAUUACUCUCGUUUAUGGACAGCUUCCUCGAGACGGCCGACUCCGGGUCGGUGAGCAGCCUGGUAACGCGGGCACAGCUGCGCUACCCAGACGAGGUCCCCGGCAUCCUCGGCGUCUUCACCGGCCAGGGGGCUCAGUGGGCAACCAUGGGCACCGCGCUCAUCCAGCGGUGCAAGCUCUUCCGCGAGUCGAUUGAGCGCAGCGAGGCUGCGCUGGCCGCGCUGCCGGAUCCCCCCGCCUGGUCGUUGAAGGCAGAGCUUCUGGCAGGCAAAGACACGUCUCGGAUCGCCGAAGCGGCGCUGAGCCAGCCGCUCUGCACCGCAUUGCAGAUCGCCAUGGUGGACCUCGUCACGGCGUCCGGAGUGAAGCUGGAUGCGGCGGUUGGCCAUUCCUCGGGCGAGAUCGCAGCCGUCUACGCUGCCGGCAUCAUCUCUGCUGCAGAUGCCAUGGCCAUCGCUUACUACAGAGGCUUCCAUGCCAAGUUGGCGCAAGGGAGGGAUGGAAAGAAAGGAGGCAUGAUGGCGGUUGGUCUUUCCUACGAGGCAGCGCUUACUUUCUGCGCACAGUACGACGGCCGUAUCAGCUUAGCAGCCAGCAACUCACCAUCAAGUGUGACUCUAUCCGGAGACCUUGAUGCCAUCGAGGAGGCGAAAGCGUACUUCGACGAGCAGAAAACAUUCGCCAGGCAGCUACAGGUCGACACUGCCUAUCACUCGUACCACAUGCUCCCGUGUGCAGAGCCCUACUUGAAGUCGCUUAAGGCCUGCAACAUCAAGAUCAACAGACCCAGGUCGGAUCGCGCCUGCGUCUGGUCAUCCAGUGUGCGCGCAGACACGGAGCUUCUCGAGGGGGAUCUUGAGGCACUCACAGGGCAGUAUUGGGUGGACAACAUGGUACAGCCCGUGUUGUUUUCCCAGGCACUGGAGUGCUCGCUGUGGAACGGCGGCCCCUUCGAGAUGGUUGUAGAGCUUGGUCCGCACCCGGCUUUGAAGGGCCCUGGCACCCAAGUGCUGAAGUCUGUUCUCGGUUCCGCUCCGCCAUACAUGGGUUUCAUGAGACGCGGUGAUGACGAGGUCGAGGCAUUUUCUGGUGGUUUGGGCUUCCUGUGGUCCUCUCUUGGGCCCUCAUUCGUCGACUUCGACGGUUACCGCAACGCCUUCAGCGACUCGAAGCCGAAGAUGCUCAAGGACCUUCCUUCGUACGCCUGGGAUCAUGAAAAAACCUACUGGAAAGAAGGGCGCAUUUCCCGCAACUAUCGCCUGCGCAAGAGCACUCCUCACGAGCUGCUAGGACGUAGGGUUCCGGAUGAUUCUGACUAUGAGAUGCGCUGGCGUAACAUCGUCCGUCUCAAUGAGAUGCCUUGGAUCCGCGGCCACGAGUUCCAGGGUCAGGUCCUCUUUCCUGCCGCCGCAUACGUCGCAAUGGCCCUCGAAGCCUCGAAGACUCUGGCAGGCGACCGUCCUGUCCGGCUUUUCGAACUGCGAGACAUCUCCAUCCGGAAGGCGUUGGUCAUGGACGAGGGCUCAUCAGGCGUAGAGACCGUCUUCACGGUGAAGCUGCUGAACACGGAGUUUGGCACUGGAGCCAAAGACGUCCUGGAAGCAGAGUUCUCCGGCUACACCUGCGCCGACGAGGCAGCAGGCGUCCUGGAGAAGACAGCGUGCGGUCGCAUCUUGGUGCAUCUUGGCGAGCGUGAUGGCAACGAACUCCCUCCUGUGACUCCAGCUCGGCCUCACCUUGCCCCAGUCGAUCUGGAAAGGUUCUACUCGUCCAUCGCGAAGUUGGGACUCAACUACCAGGGCUUGUUCCAAGGGCUGACGCAUGCUGAGCGGACACUGGGCUAUUCGAGAGCUGCUGCCACAUGGAAGGAGCACGGAAUGGGCGCCGACUACAUCGUACAUCCGGCCUUUUUGGAUGUUGUGUUCCAGGCGAUUUUCGUCGCUCUCACCUCGCCCGCGACGACCGGCGCUCUCUGGACCCCAUACUUGCCCAUCGCUCUCCACCGUAUCGUUGUGGAUCCUUCCCAGGUCCAUGACUAUUCCAUCCCUGAGGUCAAGGCGGAAAUGGACGCCUUUAUUACGCAGGCGUCUUCCUCUUCAGUUACUGGUGAUGUCCAGCUCCUCAAUCCCGCCGGCACACACACCAGCAUCCUUGUCGAAGGCCUGUUUUUGAAGUCCAUUUCUGAGCCCACUCCCGCGACCGACCGGCUUCUCUUUUCCCAAACAGUCUGGGAUGCAGAUAUCGCCAGCGGUCCGGUAGACGUGGAUGAGGGAGAGGAGGACUCGGAGGAACGCGAGAUGAUCCAUGCCAUCGAGAGGCUAGCCUUGUUUCACUUCCGGAAUCUCGUUGACACGAUCCCGGCUGAAGAGGUCAAAACAUUUACCUGGUACCAUCAGAGACUCUUCGAGGCGAUACAUGCCAACCUGGACGCAAUUCGCGGCGGCCAGAACUCUGUCAUUGAGCAAGCCUGGCUCAGCGACACCCGCGAGACUAUCGACGGCUUGCGUGCCAAGUUUCCGGGUCAAAUUGAUUUGGAGCUAAUGCAUGCUAUCAGUGAGAACCUCGUAUCGGUCGUUCGCGGAGAGACACAAAUCUUGGAAGUCAUGCUUGAGAACGACAUGUUGAACCGCUUCUACAUGGAGGGCCGAGGGUUCCGGAAGCUAAACGACUACAUCGCUCGAGUUGUACAGCAGAUUUCGCAUAAACACCCUCGAGCUAAGAUUCUUGAGAUCGGCGCAGGUACUGGUGGUACGACUCGUAAUAUCUUCGACACUAUCGGCUCGACCUACUCCUCCUAUACUUAUACCGAUAUCUCGUCCGGAUUUUUCGAGAAGGCGGCUGAGAAGUUCCACGACCAUGUCAACAAGAUGACAUUCAAGGUACUGGAUAUUGAAAAGGAUGUUUCACAGCAGGGCUACGAGGAGGGCGGCUAUGACGUUAUCAUUGCUGCUAAUGUUCUGCAUGCUACUCGCAACCUUGCUGAAACAAUGCAGCACACAAGAGCUCUUCUUAAGCCUGGUGGAUAUUUCAUCUUGAUGGAAGUCACUGGCGACCUGCUCAGAAAUCCGUUCGUUAUGGGAGCCCUUCCUGGUUGGUGGCUUGGUGCUGAAGAAGGCCGUCGCCUUAGCCCUGGCAUUUCGACAGUCGAGUGGGACGAGCUUAUGCAGAGCACCGGCUUCUCAGGUGUCAAUGCCGUACUUCACGACUUCCCAGACCCGACGAGACACUCUUGUUCGGUUAUGAUCAGUCAAGCAGUUGACGACAAGUUCAGUCUUCUCCGUGAACCGUUGUCGGCGGUGAAUACGUUCUCCGAAGAGGAUCAGAAUCUCCUCAUCAUCGGUGGAAAGACGCUGGCUGUCUCGAAACUGGUACGCGACACUCAGAAGCUGCUCUCACCGUGGAAGAAGCGCACAACUGUGGUCGCCAGCAUUGAUGCACUAGACAUCGAGAAGCUGGCUCCGAGGACGUCGGUCAUCUGUCUCACGGAAUUGGACAAGCCGCUUUUCUUAGAAACGAUGAGCCAGGCGCGCCUGACCAAGCUGCAAGAGCUGUUCAUCAGCGCUAAGAGUGUUUUGUGGAUCACCAGCGGCUGCCACAGGGAGAGCCCAAUUUCCAACAUGGCUGUCGGCAUUGGCCGUGCUCUCAUCACCGAGCUGCCUCAUCUUACGCUUCAGUUCGUGGAUGCGAAGGUGUCCAGCCUCACGCCGACUCUGCUGGUCGAGUCGCUCCUUCGCCUCAUCAUGGCCGGAUCGCCCGAGUUUUCGGAGCACAAGAUGCUCUGGGCGACUGAGCCAGAAGUCAAGAUUGACGGCGACACUGUUCUCAUCCCUCGAAUCGUGCCUGACAAAGCCAUCAAUGAUCGGUUCAAUGCAUCUCGCCGUCAAGUCAACAAGCAGGUGAAGAAGGAACAGGCCCGUGUCGAGGUCGUAGCUUCGGGCCCGGAGGGGCCGCUCACUCUGGUUGAGGCCACAGCAACGGCAGAUGAUGAGAAGUCUGUUGUUGAUGUGAAGUUCUCAACGGCCAUCGGAAAAGACUGCACUCUCUCUCUCGGCAGUGUGUCGGGUAGCCCCGCCCUCGCCCUCGUCGCCUCCGAUGCCAACACUUCGUCCGUCACCGUCACUGAGGCAAACAUACUCUCAAUUCCUGAUGGCCCCCAGGCUGCUCCAGACACACUUUUGGAUGUGGCGAGCCAUGUGCUUGCAAUCGAGCUUCUCAAGCCCAUCUCGCCCCACAGCUCUGCUCUUGUCUACGAGCCUUCCGAGAGACUCGCUGCAGCCCUUACGUACCAUGCAAAGGCCAAGGACAUCAACUUGGUGUUUACGACGACCGAGAUGGCUCGUGCGAAGAAUGGAUGGCUUUCUCUUCACCCCCAGGCUACCGAGCGUGCCCUCCGAAACCUCAUUCCUCGGAACACUGCAUGCCUGAUUCAUUUCGGCUCCAAGGCCAUCACCACCUUGGCAUCGAUCCUCCCUCGAGAUGCCCCUACCUAUGUAUUCGAUCUCGUUAAUGGCGCAAUCCCUCUUCCGGACAAGGAAACGCUCUCAGCUGCCUUCGAUGCCGCCGUAGCAGCUUCACUGGGCAACUCGGACGCAUCGACCGUCAGCGUUCAAGCUCUGACAGGAGCACCACCGGCGCAGAAGGCCUACCCCAAUGUCGUUGACUGGACCGAGCCCGAGCUGACCGUGACUGUGAGGCCCCUCAACCCAGCAGGCCUGUUCCGCUCCGAUAAGACAUAUCUGAUGGUUGGUAUGACCGGGGAAAUGGGACGCUCUCUCUGUCGCUGGAUGGUAACCCACGGUGCCCGCUAUAUUGUCCUCACAAGUAGGAGCGCCCACGUGGAUGCCGCCUGGCUGGAAGAGAUGUCUACUCUUGGAGCAACUGUGAAAGUCUACAAGAUGGAUGUCUCCGAUAGAGGCUCCGUUCGCUCCGUCCAUGCUGCCAUCUGCCAAGACCUGCCUCCGAUUGCUGGUGUCUGCAACGCCGCCAUGGUCCUGAUCGACAAGCUGUUUGUGGACAUGAGUGCCGAAAACGUCAACGAUGUCCUUGGUCCUAAAGUUGAGGGUUCGAAGAUUUUGGAUGAGGUGUUCAACGAGAACGGGCCGGAUCUAGACUUCUUCGUACUUUUCUCCUCGCUCGCCAGUAUUUUCGGUAACGCCGGCCAGUCAAACUAUCAUGCCGCAAACUUGUUCAUGACGUCUCUCGCCGCCCAGCGUAGGUCUAGAGGGCUUGCUGCCUCAGUCAUGCACAUCGGUAUGGUUGCCGACGUUGGAUAUGUUGCCAGGACUGGCCGCCACAUAGAGGACCAUCUCCGCAAGCUCCUCUUCCACCCCAUGUCUGAGACUGACGUUCAGCAUCUCUUUGCGGAAGCGGUGAGGAGCAGUCGCCCGGAAGCCGACGGUAAUUGGAGCAUUGUUUCCGGCAUUGAGCCAUUCCUCGACACGCCCGACGCGCAAUCGAAGCCGCCGUUCUACUCAAACCCACGCUUUGCGCACUGCAUCCACGAAGAGAACACGGCCAAGGAACAGAAGCAGUCGGGUGCUGCGGCCAAGGACAUCAAGCAGCAACUCGAGGCCGCAGGCUCGGAGGAGGAUGCCGCCGCCGCCAUUCAGGAAGCAUUCGCUGCCAAGCUCGAGAUGAUGCUACAGAUGGCGCCGAACACGGUCAAUGUCAAUGUUCCUCUGCUUGACCUGGGCACGGAUUCGCUUUUGGCUGUGGAGAUCAGGACCUGGUUCCUCAAGACGAUCCACGUCGACAUCCCUGUCCUCAAAGUCCUGAGCGGUGACACCGUAGGUGCCAUUUGCACAGACGCUGCGAGAAAGUACUUGGCAACAAGGCCAGCAAAGGAGACCAAGUCGGCACCAGCGACCGGCGAGCCGCUGGCGAAUGGUCUCGAAGAGAACGAGAGCAAAAAGACGGCAGAGGAGCAGGUACCGAGAAACAGAAGCCCCGCUGUCUCUGUAGCCGAAUCUGAUUCAAGCAGCGCUAAGGAUGAAAGCCUUGCUCCCGAAGCUCCGUCAUCAAAGACGUCCGACACCACCCGGAGCACCACACCAUCGUCAGGAGAUACUCUCACCCCGGCAGAGCUUUCCAGCUCUGUUAGCAUCUCAAGAGUGUCCACUCCAGUUUCAGAUCUCUCAGACGCUACUCCUCCACCCACGCGUGAGUUGACAUUCAAGAGGAAGGGGAAGCUGUCCCAUGCCCAGUCUCGUCUCUUCUUCCUAAAGACCUUCGUGGAAGAUCCGACGACUUAUAACUGCACGGCUCUGUACCAAGUCCAGGGCGACCUCAAGGUCAUGCGACUCCGUCGUGCUCUUGCGGAAGUCAUUGCCCAGCAUGAAUCGCUUCGAACUGCGUUUUAUGCAGACCCCGCAACUGGCGAGCCAACCCAAGGAAUAUUUGCAUCACAGCCUAAUUGCCUCAAGGUCGUCGAAAAUGCUGACGAGGACACGGUCAAGCAUGAGUUCAAUCUGCUGAAAAACACUGCCUGGGACCUUGAGCAAGGAAUCACUUUCGGCGCCACUGUUGUCUCACAGUCAUCCGGAGUACACUCCAUCAUCUUUGGCUACCACCACAUUAUCAUGGACGGAGUCAGCUGGUUCUUGUUUCUUCGUGAUCUUGCUCGGGCGUAUGCGCUGCAACCUCUCUCGCCAGUCACCAAGCAAUAUGUCGACUUCACGCAGGAGCAAACAAAGUCUAUCGAGGAAGGCAAGCUUGCCGAUUCAAUUUCGUUCUGGAAGACCGAGUUUGCUCAAUUGCCCGAACCUACUCCUCUCUUGCCCAUUUCACGACUCAAGGCACGGUGGGGCGCCGGAAGUUACAGAAGCCACAACAUCAGCAGGGAGGUUGAUGCAACGUCGAAUGCGCGGAUCAAAGAUGCCAGCCGAGCUCUGGGAGUCUCUCCAUUCCACCUACACAUGGCCACCAUCCAGGCGCUUUUCGCCAAGUUCCUCGGUGUGAAUGACUUGUGUAUCGGUGUCUCCGACGCAAAUAGGACAGAUGACAAUCUCUCGGAUACAGUGGGUUUCUUCCUCAACCUGUUGCCCGUUCGCUUUUCCAUCGACCACAGCAAACCUUUCUCCGAGCUGGCCAAGCGCACUUCCAAGAAAAUCUUCACUGCGCUCGCGCAUUCGAGCGUUCCAUUCGAUCUCAUCUUGGACGAGCUCAACGUAGCCCGAUCUCAAUCGUACAGUCCAUUGUUCCAGAUCGGCGUCAACUACCGCAUGAACGACCUUCUCACGCUGCCAUUCGGAGACUGCGAACUUCUUUUCAAGGCUGCCGAGGAUGCCAGGAACCCGUAUGACCUCAGCUUCAAUAUCACGCAAUCUGCUAGCGGCUCAUGCCUGCUGGACGUGUCUUGCAGGGAGGAUCUGUAUACUGCAGAGGCAGGAGAAGUCUUGAUGGAUACCUAUGUCCAUCUUCUCAAGUCAUUCUCUGAGGAUACGACUUUGACAGUCGAUUCCUGUUCUUUGUUUGACAAAGACACAGUAACCCAAGACGCCUUAGUCGGAAAAGGCCCUCGAAUCUCUCCCGAAUGGCCAGAGACACUGACGGAACGAUUCCAAACGAUGGCUCAGAACCACGCGGACGCCAUUGCCAUCAACGAUGAGAGUGGCAAAACGACUUACCAGCAGCUAGCAAACAAGGCUGACAAGAUUGCUGCUCAUCUCCUGGAGCAGGGCAUCGAGAGUGGCUCAGCAAUUGCAGUCUUGUGCCAGCCUUCGUCUGACCUCAUUGCAUGCAUGCUGGCAAUCAUUCGCAUUAACUGCGUGUAUGUGCCAUUAGAUCUAAGCCUUCCGCAAGUCAGACACGUUGCUAUGCUUGACAGCUGCAUGCCGGCCUUGGUCCUGUCUGACACACACACGCUCAAGCGUGCCCAGUCGACAGCUGGUGAUUUGCGCACUAUCAACGUCUCAGAGCUACCUGAAAUAGAUGCGUCGUCGAUUCGGGACCUUCCCCUCCCAAACCCUUCUUCGGCUGCAUUCCUGCUUUUCACGAGUGGAACGACUGGAACACCCAAAGGUAUUCGGAUUCCACAAAGAGGUCAUGUAAAUCACUGCGAAGUGGUUUCCAGGGCCAUUUCGGUUACCGCACAAGAUUCAAUAAUGCUGCAGGCGUCUUUCGGCUUCGACGUAUCUCUUGUGGAAAUAUUCGUCCCGCUCUGGAACGGCGGAACUGCCGUUAUCGUUCCACAAGCCGCACGCGGCGACCCAGUUGCCAUCGUGGAAUUGAUGCAAAAGGCAAAGGUAACUCUCACAUUAGCCACGCCUUCAGAGUACGCCAUGAUACUCGAGUCUGGCAGCCAGUCACUCAAAGCUUGCUCGGAAUGGCGUCAUGCCAUCACGGGAGGCGAACCAAUCACGGAACGAAUGAAGCAGGCAUUCCGCGCGUUGGGUCGUCCCGGCCUUACCCUUAGCAACUGGUAUGGUCCAACGGAGUGCUCUGUCGCCUGUACAUUCGAGCACGUGGACCUUGCUUCCACUACCUCGGCCACUGUUGGCGAAUACACGUCCAUCGGCAAGCCACUGCCCAACUGCUCCGUGUACAUUCUCGAUCCAGCCGGAAGUCCUCUCCCCGUUGGCAUUCCCGGCGAAAUCUGCAUCGGUGGUGCCGGCGUCGUCCUUGGAUACGUGAACCUGCCCGAGCAGACGGCAGCCAAAUUCUGUCCAGACCCAUUCGCGGGGCCAGAGGACGUAACAAAGGGGUGGACAACCCUGUACAAGACGGGUGACAAAGGACGCCUUCAGAAGGACGGAUCUGUUGUUUUCAUGGGACGCAUCGACGGCGACACUCAAGUGAAGCUUCGAGGUCUCCGCAUCGAGCUGGACGACGUGGAGAAUGCCCUUCUCAAAGCUGCUCCAGCCCAUCUUUCCAGCGCCGUCGUGUCGGUGAGAGGAGAUCCCGAAAUGCUCGUCGCGCACGUGGUCUUCGUGCCCGGCAAGACGUUGGGCAGCAGUGAGCUCCAGCAGCUCGCCGCCAAUCUUCCCGUGCCCCAGUACAUGCGGCCCGCUUUGGUGAUUCCACUGGAGCGUCUUCCGGUCACUGCCAACGCCAAGGUGGAUAGGAACGCAGUCCAAGCCCUCCCUCUUCCCGAGCUCACGGCGGAAGUUUCAGGGAAUGAGAGCCUGACGCUAUCUCAGUCCCGGCUGGCACGGUUGUGGAAAGGCAUAUUGCCGAAGGGUGUUCUCCUCGAUCCCACCUCCGAUUUUUUCAUAGCUGGUGGAAACUCGCUCCUGCUUGUCAAGCUCCAGAGGGCCAUCAAAGAGGAGUACGGGCUCUCUUUGCGCAUAACCAAACUCUACACGGCCAGCACACUGGAGAGCAUGACCAACCUGGUUGCUUCCUGUGAGGAAGAGCAGCCACGCGAUGAGCAAAUCGACUGGGAGGCGGAAACAGAAGUGCCAGAAUCAACAACCCUGAUCCCCAAACCCCCAUCCGAACGCCGGCGACUCAGAGACCAAGACAAACAAAUCCUACUAACCGGCGCCCUCUCCUUCUUCGGCUCCACCCUCCUCACCUCGCUGCUCGCCGACCCCCGCAUCGCAAAGAUCCACCUCCUAGCCAUCGAUCCGGACGCGGCGGCGCAAUCCGCACUCCCCACCUCCCCCAAACUCACCGUCUACCCGGGCGCCCUCGCGCACCCCACCCUCGGCCUCUCCCCCACCGACAUCACCACCCUCCAAUCCACCAUCGACCUCAUCAUCCACGCCGGCUCCUUCGGCCACUGCAUGCACAACUACUCGUCCGUCCGCCCGCACAACGUCGGCGCGACGCGCUUCAUCGCCGAGCAGCUCGCCCUGCCGCACCUCGUCCCCAUCCACUUCCUGUCGUCCAACCGCGUGCCCCUACUCGGCGGCGGCUCUGCCGACGGCACGACGGAUGCCGCUGCCGUGCCUCCGCACCUGCACCCGCCCGCCGACGGCUCCGAGGGCCUGACGGCCAGCAAGUGGGCGUGCGAGCGCGUGCUGGCGGCGCUGGCGGCGCGCACGGGGUUGUCCGUCCGCGUGCACCGCGCGUGCGCGCUGGUCGGCGACGGCGCGCCGGCCGACGACGCGCUCAACGCGCUGCUGCGGUACUCGGCCCUGCUGCGGGCGGUGCCGCGGUUCGAGCGGUUUGUCGGCUACUUCGACUACCGGGAUGUGGGUGAGGUGGCGGGCGAGUUCAAAGAGGUUGCGCUGGGCGGAGGAGGAGGAGGAGGGGAUGACGGUGAGGUGCUGGCGUUCUAUCACCAUUCCAGCGGGAGGAAGGUUCCGGUGAUGGAGUUGCGGAGGCAUUUGGAGGAGCGGGAGGGGGUGGCGUUUGAGGAGGUUGAGGUUGCGGAGUGGAUUGAGAGGGCGAAGGAAAGGGGGAUUGAGGUGUUGGUUACGAAUUAUUUGGAAAUGGUUCUGGGCAGGGGGGAGAGGAUGGUGUUUCCUUACCUUGGAGAGACUGAGAGUCAGGGAUGA